CCAGCAUUGUUCUAUCAAAUUUUGACAUCUGACGUUUAAUUUGACAAGUCUCUUUGAGUGUUGGUUGAGUGUUAGAUAUUUUCAACAUUAUGUUUUAUGGAAACUUACUCGUAUUUAGUACUUAAACAGGUCUUAUUAAAAGUAAUAGUGUUUAAAUAUUUACAUUUAAUAACCUGUUAUUCUUAAACUAUAUAUUUAAGUAUGUCAAUUUGGAGUUCUGGUCAGAAAAAUGUGCUUGAGGAUCAGUCAGACUUUAUUGCAGGUUUCCCUAAGAAAAAACAAGCAAAAAUCGACGCUACAUUUAAAUUACAAGUUAUACAAGCCUUAGACAACGGUCAAUGCAAGUCUGAUGUAGCUAGAGAAUAUGGUGUUAAUCUCCAGACUAUAACAAACAUAUACAAACAGAAGGAUACUACCAUAAAGAAACAUACACAGAAAUACAAAUUACUUAAAGAGGUUAGUAAUCUAAAUCUAGAACAAAAUCUGCUGGAUUGGUUUGAUCAGCAAUUCAAAAGUGGAAAUACUGUCACUGAGGAACAACUCCGUAGUAAAGCAAUGGAUAUUCUCAAAGGAUUAACUCAAGAAUUCACUUGUAUUGACGACUGGUUGUCAAGUUUCCGCAGUCGGCACAAUAUAUCAAAAUAUAACUGUGAUAAUGUGUGCAGCGAAAAAGGCAAAGAAGAAUGGAAAAGAUUUCUCAAAAGUUCAGACUCAAGGGAUGUUUACCUUGGUGGUGUUUGUGCUUUAUCACACAAUCUGGAUUACAAUAGCUAUUUAAAUGGGCACCAUGGAGAUAGCUAUGUAUCAUUAUUAUUUAUAGUUAAUAGCAUAGGAACUGAUAAACGAGAAGCAGCAGUUGUGGGAAAAGAGUUAAUGGAAACGGAAGCACAUGCCAGGAGCUUGCCAGUCACCUACUAUUACUGUGCUAAUUCACAAGUAAAUUAUUCUGUACUUCUUAGUUACUUAACAAAAUGGGAAAGUGAAUUAGUAUCUAAAGGAAAAUCUGUUACAUUGGUAUUAGAUAUACCAGACCACUUCAUAAGAAAUCUACAUUUUGAAAACAUUAGAAUAGUAAGUACCAAUAAUCUGCAAUAUGUUACAAACAUAUUGGAAAAGGUUGUUGAAUGUUUUAAAUAUCAUUAUAGAAGAUUACAAAUAAGUAGAACUUUAACAUAUGGAAAAGAUAAUUCAUCAUUUUUGGAUUAUUUACAAAUGGUUGGUAUGGCAUUCUACAAUGUGCCACCCAAGUUUAUACAGAAUCUAUCAUUCCCUCCUGGAGAAGGAAGUCUUUUCUUUAAUGUUAAAGAUGAUACUGAGAGUGAUCACAGUAUAUCACGGUGGUGUAAAAUUUAUAAUGUACCACUAAAUAUAGAUCAAUGCCCAAGCUUACUAGAUAAAUAUAUAUUUUGUGACAAAAAACUACCAUGUAUUUACUGUGGGCCAUUGGAUGAAAGUAUGCAAGCCACUGAAGUGCUAGCUCACAAAGCUUGUCAGUCCACAUCAAGUAUGGAGGCCUACCAAGCUAUGAAAAGACUUGUUUCCUAUCUUCAAGGCGAGAGUGCGGGCGGGUCUAUCAUGAAAUAUGCCAAAUACUUGGAAAACCAUCUUGAAUAUGGAGCACUUCUGCAAAUGCACCAAAUUAUAGCUAGUACAAAUGAUUCAAUUUAAAUAAAAUAUCAUUUUUAAUAGAAAA